AUGGCAGCUCAGGAACUGCUCAAAAAUGAAUCUAAAAAAAGUAGUAAAACUACCACACCAGAACUGCCAGAUCUGUCUGAAUUAAUAGAUAAACUAAAGAAUGAUCGCAGGUUUCAUGAAGUUACAGAUGAAAAAGAUGAAGAUCUUUUAUAUUCUGAUUAUUUGAAAUACUUUCACGAAAUGUUUAAUGUUACUGGGCUUUGCCCAUUGUUUGUAGACCAUUCUGGAUAUGUGCUUUUGGUUUUAGAUGAUCGUGACUUUAUGUUUAGAUGA